AUGACGGCCUCAGAUGUCGAAGAUGGCCACUCUCGUUCGGCCUCCCCCGACGACAGUGGAACCGAGCAAGUCCUUGAUAAUAUGGCCGAACCACAUCCCAAGAACGACAAACCCAAGCAACCCAACGGGUCACAGUCCGCCAAUGCAAAGGACCCAUCCCGACCGAGAAGGAAGAAGGCUCGCAGAGCCUGUUACGCUUGUCAACGUGCUCAUCUGACGUGUGGUGAUGAGCGGCCCUGCCAGAGAUGCAUCAAACGAGGGCUCCAGGAUGCCUGCCAGGAUGGAGUGAGGAAGAAGGCCAAGUAUCUCCACGAUGCGCCCAACGAGGCCCUCAUGCCGGGUGUUGGGGGAAGUCUUUUCAGCCAUCCUGCCCCGGAACGGAAUUCGACCAUGGCCAGUGACACCUCGUCACAACAGACGUUCUUUCAGCAGCCACAACCAUUCAACAAUUUUCACACGCCCGCGCAUAUGCCUCCUCCCAUGUUACAAGAGCGAAGCAUGAGCUCCACAAGCUUCACGCAACAGUCCCCAUUGAAUACCAACUUCACCGGUGUCGGAUCGCAAGUCCCGCUGCAUAGCCCCAUCGUCGGCCAUGAUCAGACGGCGGCAGCAAACAAUCUCACCAACGGUGGUUGGCCCGGGGCUUUGUUCGACGAUCCCACCAUGUUCAAUUUCGACCUCGCGAGCAUGAACUUUGGAAACCACUACGGUGCGCUGGAGUUUGGCAUGCUCGGGCACAUGGCGACCAAUGCUGGGGAGACUCCGCCCAGUGAUACCGCCACACAGAGAGGCUCGAUCACACAGCCGUAUCGGAUGCCUCUGGGAAGCUUCAGCGAGAGCCCCACGGCGCGGCAGCAGUUCUACGGUGAUACGAUCAUGUCGGACUGGACCAACGGCAAUAAUGAUCCUUACAGUGCCCAAGGUCGCCUGAUGGCACCCAACGCUUUUGCGAUAGAAUCCAGUGCGGCGCAUUGGACCUCUCCCGAUACCAACGACACGCCGAACAACGCCGUCAAGUUCGAAGACUCGCCAAUGCUAACCAGCCCCGCCAUUCAAGUUCCCACCUCUCUCGAUGUCAGUGGGACGGGAAAUCCAUCUUCAAACAAUGUUGACAAUCGAAAUCGUCAGCCUCCCAUGAUAUCUACUCCGCAGCUCAAAGCAAAGUCUCAAUUGCCCGUCAAAUCUCUCAAGCGGCCACGGGAUCCGUCCUCCAUCUAUACCACCGUGACUAGCCCUCACCCAUACACUUCUGGGUUUCACCGCUGUAUCGCUUAUUUGCAGAGACGGUUUGCCGCGCAGCCUUCAAAGACCCUGGCCAUUGCAAAAGCAAUGGCCUCUAUUCGCCCUUCGUUCAUCGCCACCACCAAGACCCUGAACAGAGAGGACCUGAUUUUCAUGGAAAAGUGCUUCCAAAGGACUCUGUGGGAAUACGAAGGAUUCAUUGAGGGCGUAGGAACCCCGACCAUUGUCGCUCGCAGAACGGGCGAAGUGGCCGCUGUCGGAAAGGAGUUCCAGAUUCUCACCGGCUGGACGAAAAGCGUCCUCCUGGGUCGAUCGCCGAACCUCAAUGUGAAUCGAGGGCAGACUGGCCAGACGCCUGCGGGUGGGUCUGGCACCACCACUGCCCGGGCCACAGGGUUCAACACACCCACCCGAGGUAGUGCUCAAGAUGCAGAGAACGAUGAGAAGCGAGCACAGCCCGUCUUCCUUGCCGAAUUACUUGACGAUGAUUCUGUCGUUCAGUUUUAUGAAGACUUCGCCAGACUCGCAUUUGGCGACAGCCGUGGCAGUGUCAUGGGAAGGGGGAAACUGCUCAAAUACCGGACCAAGGACGACGAGAUCACGCAGAACCUCCACGCCGAGGCCGAAGCACGGCACGAGGAAGGCAAACAGAGCAAUGGCGUGGAUCCUCGCCGUCCAGAGCAUCCUCUCGCUCGCCGGCCGGGCGAGAUGAAGAAGGAUGGCAUUUCCGGCGAGAAAGGGAUGCAGAAGCUAGGUUCUGCAGAUGGCAAAGUGGAAUGCACAUAUUGUUGGACCGUCAAGCGGGAUGUUUUUGACAUUCCUAUGCUUAUCGUGAUGAACGUGAGUGCCCCUUUGCAGCCAGUGCCGACGAGUGUCCCAUACUAA